AUGGUAGUGGACAGAUGGAGGCAUUACCUGGAAAGAGGUAAUGCCUCGACAGCUGAAAUAGGAGUUGGCAUUUGCUCAGAAUCGAAUGAAGUAUCUAAGCUUAGCCCCCGAUAUUAUGGGCCCUUUACUAUAUUGGCUAAGGUGGGAAAGGUGGCCUACCGGUUGCAACUUCCUGAAGAGUUCCAAAUUCACCCAGUUUUUCACAUCUCUCUCUUGAAGAGGGCAGUGGGUAAUGAACCAAUGAAUCCAACAUUGCCUUCUCUUCCUGAGGAAGGGAAUAGGGUGGAAGAGCUGGAGGCUAUACUAGACAGAGGGCUGUGUAUGAUAUCCAUGUCUUUGCCUGACAUUGAACUCCACACGUUCCGAGGUGACAAUCCAGAAGGUAUGGAGGCGCGCAAUGAGGUAGCAGCUCUGGCAAUGGAUGAUAUGAUAGCUUGGAUGCAGGAAGGCGGCCAGGUGGGGAUAUUUGAUGCCACAAACAGCACCAGCAAACGGAGAAAUAUGCUUAUGAAAAUGGCUGAAGGAAAAUGCAAGAUUAUCUUUUUGGAGACGAUAUGCAAUGAUGAACGCAUCAUUGAAAGAAAUAUACGUCUUAAAAUCCAGCAAAGCCCUGAUUAUGCCGAAGAGCCAGACUUUGAAGCUGGAUAUCGAGACUUCAAAAAGCGACUAGAAAAUUAUGAGAAAGUUUAUGAGCCAGUUGAAGAAGGGUCAUACAUUAAAAUGAUUGAUAUGGUCAGUGGCCAAGGUGGACAAAUACAAGUAAACAAUAUUAGUGGCUAUCUUCCUGGAAGGAUUGUUUUCUUCUUGGUGAAUACACAUCUCACACCCCGUCCAAUUUUACUUACAAGGCAUGGAGAAAGUCGAGAUAAUGUUAGAGGCAGAAUUGGGGGUGACUCUAGUUUGAGUGAUACUGGAGAGACUUAUGCAAAGAAACUUGCUAAUUUUGUGGAAAAGCGACUGAAAAAUGAACGGGCUGCUUCUAUAUGGACUAGCACAUUGCAGAGAACAAUUCUGACAGCAAAUUCAAUUGUUGGAUUCCCAAAGAUACAAUGGCGUGCCCUAGAUGAGAUAAAUGCUGGAGUAUGUGAUGGAAUGACAUAUGAGGAAAUAAAGAAGAACAUGCCUGAGGAGUAUGAGUCACGUAGAAAGGACAAGUUGAGGUAUCGGUAUCCUCGUGGAGAAUCGUAUCUGGAUGUAAUCCAAAGGCUGGAGCCAGUAAUCAUUGAGCUUGAGAGACAGCGUGCCCCUGUUGUGGUUAUAUCUCACCAGGCGGUAUUGAGGGCACUGUAUGCUUAUUUUGCUGACAGGCCUUUGAAAGAAGUUCCACAUAUUGAGAUGCCACUUCACACAAUUAUAGAGAUACAAAUGGGUGUUACUGGUGUCCAAGAGAAAAGGUACAAACUCAUGGACUGAACUUUACAAAUGUGUAAGUUGCUAACUGGAACUACGAAGGCUUAUUCAUCAUUCGAGUUAAUUUUCCUUCAUUAACGUGGUGUGAUAAUAGCAGGAAUCUGUCACUUGUAAGAUCAAUGAUCAAUCAUCAAUCAAAUUCUUUUC